ACAGAGCCACCCACAGCGUCCUGUUGAGCGCCGCUGACCUCACCAGCACCUUCCUCAUUACCAGCACCCAGUGCUCUCGCUCCUCCAGAAACCAUCAUGUCUCGCCAGUCGAGUGUGUCCUUCCGAAGUGGGGGCAGCCGCUCUUUCAGUGCCUCCUCGGCCAUCACUCCAUCUGUCUCUCGUACCAGCUUCAGCUCAGUGUCCCGCAGUGGUGGUGGUGGUGGUGGUGGUAGUAGGGUCAGCCUUGGGGGUGCUUAUGGUGGAGCAGGUGGCUACGGCAGCCGGAGCCUGUACAAUGUGGGGGGUUCCAAAAGGAUAUCAUUCAGCUCUGGCGGUGGCAGCUUCAGGAACCGUUUUGGCGCUGGUGCUGGAGGCAACUAUGGCUUAGGAGGAGGAGCUGGCAGCGGAUUUGGCUUCGGCGGUGGAGCUGGUAGUGGCUUUGGCUUCGGCGGUGGAGCUGGCUUCGGUGGUGGCUAUGGGGGCGCUGGUUUCCCUGUGUGCCCCCCUGGAGGCAUCCAAGAGGUCACCGUUAACCAGAACCUCCUCACUCCUCUGAACCUGCAAAUCGACCCCACCAUCCAGAGGGUGAGGACUGAGGAACGUGAACAGAUCAAGACCCUCAACAACAAGUUUGCCUCCUUCAUCGACAAGGUGCGGUUCCUAGAGCAGCAGAACAAGGUCCUGGAUACCAAGUGGACCCUGCUGCAGGAGCAGGGCACCAAGACUGUGAGGCAGAACCUGGAUCCAUUGUUUGAGCAGUACAUUAACAACCUCAGGAGGCAGCUGGAUGGGGUCCUGGGGGAGAGGGGCCGCCUGGACUCAGAGCUGAGGAACAUGCAGGAUCUGGUGGAGGACUUCAAGAACAAGUAUGAGGAUGAAAUCAACAAGCGUACCACUGCUGAGAAUGAGUUUGUGAUGCUGAAGAAGGAUGUGGAUGCUGCCUACAUGAACAAGGUAGAACUGGAGGCCAAGGUUGAUGCCCUGAUGGACGAGAUCAACUUUAUGAAGAUGUUCUUUGAUGCGGAGCUGUCUCAGAUGCAGACACACGUGUCAGACACAUCUGUGGUCUUGUCCAUGGACAACAACCGCAGCCUGGACCUGGACAGCAUCAUUGCUGAGGUCAAGGCACAGUACGAGGACAUUGCCAACCGAAGCCGAACAGAGGCUGAGUCCUGGUACCAGACCAAGUACGAGGAGCUGCAACAGACAGCUGGCCGGCACGGCGAUGACCUUCGAAACACCAAGCAUGAGAUCUCGGAGAUGAACCGGAUGAUCCAGAGGCUGAGAUCUGAGAUUGACAAUGUCAAGAAGCAGUGUGCCAACCUACAGAAUGCCAUCGCUGAUGCAGAGCAGCGUGGAGAGCUGGCUCUCAAAGAUGCUAGGAACAAGUUGACUGAGCUAGAAGAGGCCCUGCAGAAGGCCAAGCAGGACAUGGCCCGGCUGCUGCGGGAGUACCAGGAGCUCAUGAACACCAAGCUGGCGCUGGACGUGGAGAUCGCCACCUACCGCAAGCUGCUGGAGGGCGAGGAGUGCAGGCUGAGCGGAGAAGGAGUUGGACCAGUCAACAUCUCUGUUGUGACCAACAGUGUCUCUUCCGGCUAUGGAGGAGGCAGCCUUGGCUUUGGCGGGGGCAGCGGCUUUGGUGGGGGCCUUGGCAGCGGUCUUGGUGGAGGUGGAGGUGGAAGCUACUACUCCAGCAGCAGUGGGGGCGUUGGUCUGGGUGGUGGGCUAAGUGUAGGGGGCUCUGGCUUCAGUGCAAGCAGUGGCCGAGGCGUGGGCUUUGGCAGCGGCGGGGGCAGCAGCUCCAGUGUCAAGUUCGUCUCCACCACCUCCUCCUCCCGGAGGAGCUUCAAGAGCUAAGAAGAGCCUGCUGCAAGCCCCUGGCCCUCAUGGGCAGCCCCAUGCCCAUGGAGACUGCUUCUUCUAGGCGGUCAACCAGGCCUGCCCUUUCUGGAGAGCAGUCUAGACCACACCUACUGCAGAACCAUGCGCUUUGGUUCCCAGGAGGGAAUGAAUCCCAACCUCUGGCCUCCCAUGCCAUAGCUCUACAUUUUGCCGCAAGUCAGUUUUUAGGAACCUAUAGAUGGUCCUCGAUGACACAGACAUCCAAAGUUUUCCAGAAUGUCAGCCACCAAAACAGAAUCCCUACCCUGACACCCACCUUAAUUCUGGUUCUGACUUCCUCCAGAGUGUGUCCAAUAAAAUGCUUUUAUAAUA